ACUUGAAAAAUGAAAAGGCACAUCUUCUGGACCUUAAACGUUGCCAUGGUUUUAUUCAUGAUUCUGAGUUUGUCCUAUAUUUACAAUACCACAAUGGAUGCCAGUACGUUUAUGGACAUUAUGAAAAAGUACAAACCGUUUUCCAAAAAAGAGCAAAUGCUCACUGAGAAGCCAUUAAUUGUUGAAAAAACAAACCAUUUAUCUGGUGUAUGGACUAUAAAUGCUAUUGGGCGCCUGGGUAAUCUUAUGGGGCAAUAUGCUACCCUUUACUCCCUUGCCAAGAUGAAUGGCCGCCAAGCCUACAUUUCGCCAGCAAUGCACGAAGAACUGUCAAAAGUCUUUAAAAUAAGCUUGCAAGUGCUUCCACAGGAAGUAGCUUCCGGCAUCAAAUGGAUAAAUUAUAGACUUAAUGACUGGAUGUGUGAAAAUUACAGCCACAUUGAAAGAGAAUAUAUUUAUCUUGGUGGUUACCCUAAUUCUUUUACUUUUUAUCACCACAUAAAGGAUGAGAUUCUACGAGAAUUUACAUUCCAUGACUUCCUUGUAGAAGCGUCUUAUGCCUAUUUGAACAAAAUCAGUUCAGACAAGAAAAAUGUCACCUUUGUAGGAGUUCAUGUCCGUCGAGGAGACUAUGUCCAGGUCAUGCCCAAUAUAUGGAAAGGGGUGGUUGCUGACAAAAGAUAUUUGCAAAAUGCCAUGGACUAUUUCAGAAACAAAUAUGAAAACCCACUGUUUAUUGUAACCAGUAAUGGAAUGGAUUGGUGCGAAAACAAUAUUGAUAAUUCACUGGGAGAUGUCUACUUUGCUGGAGACGGUCAAAAUGAUUCCCCAGCUCUGGACUUUGCCCUCCUGGUCCAUUGUAACCACACCAUCAUGACUAUAGGAACAUUUGGUGUUUGGGCUGGCUACAUGGCAGGUGGUGAAACAAUCUAUUUAACAAACUACACUCUGCCCGACUCUCCUUUCCUUAAAGUUUUUAAAUAUGAAGCUACCUUUCUCCCAGAAUGGAUUGGACUUCCUGCAGACCUCUCUCCACUUUUAGUUACACAAAAACCUUAACUCCACCCAUCUGCCCCUGUAUUUUACUGAGAAUAAUAUUUCUCCUGGGACCAUUAUAUUGUUCAUACUGUAUGAUACAAAAACAGAAGUCAUAUUUACUGUACUACAGUACAGUACUAAAUAAAAAUACCUUUCUCCCAGGAAGAAUUGGACUUCCUGCAGACCUCUCUUCACUUUCAGUUAUACAGAAUUCUUAACUCAGUGCCCCUGUGUGUGCCAAUAUAUUGUACAUAUAAUACAAAAACAGAAGUCA